CUGCUACUUGCAAGCCGCUCUUCCAAACCGACCAAACCAAACUUCACUUUCACUUUGUUUCCUUCAACUUUGAUUCCUGCCAGUAAUGCAAUCUGUGGCGUCGCUGCAUCGCUCGGGCUGCGACGCGUUCUGCCGCGGCUGCAAGGCGUCCAUUGCAGAUCACCCUCCAGUCAAUGCCAAUGCCAAUGCAUGGCCAGUGCGCGCCGCCGUCUGCUCUGUCAACGGCUGCGUCUACCUGUGCGGACUUGCUCAUGACGAGGAGGACGCUGCGACGGUGGCUGUGGCUGUGGACGAUGCAGACCGAGCUCAAUCUCAAUCUCAAGCUCAAGCUCAAGCUCAAGCUCACGAAGACAAAGACCAAGACCAAUCUCAAUCUCAAUCUCAAGACCAAGACCAAGAGCAGGACGAAGACCAGGCUGAGCCAGCGCGAACGAAGAGCACACGCGCAAGAAGUAGCUCCCGUCGAGGCCAACAAAGCCAGGCAGCGGUGCCUCCCUCUCACAAGGACAAGGUCAAGGACAAGGUCAAGGCCAAAGACAAGAACAAGGACAUGGACAAGGACAACAAGGACAAGGACAUGGACAAGGACAAGGACGAUGAGACCAGCGGUGCUGCUGCUGCUGCUUCACCGCUCGCUGCCAAUCCACUCGUCACAAAGCAGGUGCCCAAGAACGCGACCAUCGCGGCAUUGGAAAAGCUCGUGCGAGAACUGAGGGCCCUUGUGGCUCCGCUCGCUCAGCGGACGCGGGUCGAAUUGCAAAACCCAGAGCAGGAACUCUCGCGCAAGCCGUUGCUCCGGAGCCAGCUCCACAGCGAUCUCAACAUGUAUCUGCGUAGUCGCAAGGUUGAGCCGUUUGGGGCGCAAAUCAUUGAGGAUAGUGUGGCCGAUGCACCGACCUCUGCAACCGAGAACAAACGAGCGUACCUGACCAACGCCAUCAGCGAGCUCCAGAGUCUGGCACUGGCUCCCGAACGUCUCGGGUGGAUAUGCCCACUGUGCGCAGAUGCUCCAUUCCGAUGCCAUUUGCAAACCUGCUUAAAAGGCAUGAAAAACAGGAACGGCAUGCAGUACCAUGAGCAGCAUGCGCAUUUGGUUUCCGAAAAGCCGACGAGCAGCAGCAGCAGCAGUAGCCAGCCAAAGAAAGCACAAUCCCCCAGAUCAAGUCAAGCUACACCAGGCACGGCCACCCCUGAAGCUGCGCAACGCAAGAUUCGCCAUAGAGAGGACGGCGAGCAGAGUCCGCAAACCAAGCGCACGAGAAUCGAGCCGGAAACAAACCCUUCGACGCCUGCCCGCACAAGUACCAGUAGCUCUGAUAAUGCUACUGCCAUGGUAAUCAACAACCCUGCCACCCCAUCACGGGCGAGCCAGACAUCGCACUUUACAAUCGCGACAUUCAACCCGCAAGCACUCGCCCCCGCCCCCGAGGUCGUUGGCAAGUUUGUCAAUACGCAGGCACAUCCACCUGCGUCCCGCCUUCCACUCAUAACAUCCCUACAUGCUCGAAAUCCAUCCGUUGGAUUGCGACAAAUGGACGAUAGCGCGCUUGAGAGGCGUUUAUUCUUGAAUGUCGUUGCGCCCACGCAUCAGCCGGUCGCAGCCCUGCCGAAACCUGUCGGCGAAGAUGACUUUGAAUUGGUCAGCGACACUCAGCAGCGUGGUGCACUUUUGGCCGGGCAAUUUCGUCGCAACUCGGUUUUAUUCGAGGCCGUCCGCCUUCAGUCGCAUCAAUCCGCUCCCGUUGCAUCUACCGCACGUCAAUUGCAGCCACUGACAUCGUACGCCUGUCCAAACGCAUCCACCCCGAUUCGACAUGUCCUCAACGUGGGAGGACCCGUCUGGGCGUUGGAUUGGUGCCCAACAUCGCGAGCCGAGCCGACGCAAUACCUCGCUGUGGCCCCGUUGCCUGACGCGUUCCAAAUGGGCUCGUGGCUUCAGUGCCAGCAAGAUGCUUCAUCUGACCAGGCAGACUCGGCGCCACACCCUGCCUCGGCUGCUGCAGGCAACGAUUGGCAAAAGUUGGCAAGAAACGCCGCCAAACGCACGCAGACCGGCCUCAUUCAGAUUUGGGCUGUUCCCUCCUUUCCGUCAUCUGGGAACCAGUCCACCCUGCAGUUCAGCGUGGGGCACAAUCGCGGUCGCGUGUGGGCGCUGCGAUGGUGCCCAAAGCCGAGCGACGGUUGGAACGACGCGGAAAUCCUGGGUCACCUCGCUGCCGCCUUUGGCGAUGGCUCGAUUGCCGUGUAUGCGAUUCCGCAUCCUGCCCGUGUUGCACCAGAUGUGGCGCAGUCUGCGGCGGGAGUGGAUCGCCCAAUCUUGUCGUCUCGGCCUAUCUUUGAGUCGUGUUUGCCUCUGGGUGACUGCCCUUCGUGUCUCGUGUGGCAACCGUGCAGCAAUGCUACUCCCCAAGAUGGCGUCAAGGCGCAGGUGUCAAACAACGAGACUGUGCCCGAUUUUGAUUACUUUUUGCCCACUCCCAUGCACGUGACCCCGGACGCGGCCUCGUCGUCGUCGUCGUCGUCGUCGUCGUCGGAUCAUCAUAGUCCUGAGGGCGAUGGACGCUGGCAGCUGGUGGUCGGAGCCAGCAGUGGGUUUGUCUUUGUGUAUUCGGUGCCUUGGCGCCAAAAUCCGCAACCGGGGGCUCAACCGUCGCUUCGACCUGAAAUGUCAAGUCAUCUCAACCGCAGCAGUGGCGCCGCUCCCAUCCGGACAUUCAGAGCACACGAGUCGAAUAUUUGUGCCGUAGAUGUUGGCCCAGGAUCGCAGUACCUGGUCGUGACAGGCUCCCUCAACGGUGACGCAUCCGUCUGGGAUUUGCGCGACUGUGUGCGGCCGUUGCACGUCUUCAAGGAGCGUCGACUCUUGUCCGUACAGUGGACUCCGUGGCAGCCCGUUCUCCUGAUGUCGCGCGAUACCACCGGAGACAAUACCACAUUGAUGGAUCACUACGUCCAAAACGCCUCCAAGCAAGUGUUCUCGCAUUACGACUACAGCAGUCGAAUGGACGUCUCGAACACUCUCCCACUGGGCUUGAUGAGCACCGAGCGCGGAACAUUCCACGCAGUGUUCUUCCGCACGCUGGCGCGCGGCCUGCUGGGCUCUGCCAAAACGCGCGUGCAGUCAGGUCUUCGUGUCGGGUCGGAAGUUCACCUGUUCUCAACCAGUGUUCACGCGGUGACAACUUCCCCUUCUGAUUCUUCUCAAAGCGAUGAGCAGACUGCAGGCGAAACGGGAAUCGAGCUGGGACAGCGAUUGUCCUUUGAAACCCGCUUUGACAACCAGGGGAACGAGCGAAAGGCCUUGUGCGUCGUUUUCAGCCAAGACCACAUUCCUCUCAGAGACAACCGCAUUGCACGUCGCGGCAAAGCCCCGUUGCCCACGUCAAAAGCUGCAGAAUCGGUGCCGGAGGAUGCUGACGCGUUGGGGCACUUUCCCCAUCCAUUACAGCCUGCCAAUCAGUGUCGCAUCAAUUCCAAUCCUGGCAUCCUCGAUGGUCUGGUGGCAGUGGGGACCAGCAGCGGACUGUUGGCAGUGGGGACCAGCAGCGGACUGUUGGUCGUUGCUCAAGCCAGUGCCAGCGAUGCCGCUCUUCCUGUCAAGGUUGUUGUAAAUUCAGAGACAGUUGUAGUACAUUUCAGAGACAGUUGUAGUACAUUUCAGAGACAGUUGUAGUACAUUUCAGAGAAGAAAGUAUGACUUUUUAAUUGCA